AUGAGCGAGGACGGCAGCGAGGCGGGCAGCAAUGGCUCCGGCCUCAUCUCCUGCCCGGACAGCGACGCGGACACGGGCCCCUUCGGCGCCCCGCCCUCCGCCCUCGAAGGGGAGGCAGAAGAUCUCAAGGUCAGCCAGCAGGUGGCCCUGUUUGUCGAGAUGCUCGAGGACGCCUACGAGGCCCUCCUGCAGCGCGAGAUCACCCCCGAGGUGGUGCCUGGAACGACGGCUGUGCUGAUUCGCUUCCCCGUCCCAGGCCCGGUGCGGGCCGUGCUCCGCUGUGAGGAUCGCCUCCUGCUGUUCAUCAAAUUCGAGCACAGGCCUGGCGGCUGGGCUGUGCCAAGGGUGUCCCUGGCUCCCUCUCAAGAGAGGGAUUUCAGCGUGGUGACCCAAUUCUGGCGCAGCCAGGCGCAGCCGCACUCGACGGAUCAGACCACCCUGUGCUACACAAAAGCGCUGCUUUUGGCUAUAGCCAAUGACAUGGAUGUUGCGUUCCUGAUGGACCGGCCGGGACUGGCCGCGGAGCGGGUCCGGGAUCGCAUAUCGGUGCAGGAUGAGAACUUUGCGGGGGUGUUCAGGAUGCCAAUGGAUGUGAAGAAGGUGGACGUGGAGGUGGCAGAGAUCGUGGGGGAGGCGAUGGGCGUGAUGGGCGGGCGGACGGUGCGCAACGUGGUGCUGAGGGCGGUGGAUGUGGUGGAGGGCAACCUGAGGAGGCUGGGGGAGCGGUGCUACCUGUGUGGCACACGGCACAGGCCGCAGCCAGUGGUGCCAGUGCCGCUGCCAUGCUGCAAUUACCUGUGCAG